AGCUGGGAGGCAGUUCUCCCGUUCUACCCCAGCCUGGCAGGGCUGCAGCUCUCCAGGAGGUGGCCGCGUGUCCUGCCCCCAGGAAGUGAGGGAACGCGCCUCAUCCCGGCAGCGAUGGCAGCGGACGAGAGGGAUUACAACCUGACGGAGGAGCAGAAGGCCAUCAAAGCCAAGUACCCACCCCUCAACAAGAAAUACGAGUAUCUGGAUCACACAGCAGAUGUGCAGCUACAUGCCUGGGGAGACACUCUGGAAGAAGCAUUUGAGCAGUGUGUCAUGGCCAUGUUUGGUUACAUGACUGACACAGAGACCGUGGAGCCCGUGGAUACAGUGGAGGUAGAGGCAGAAGGACAUGACAUGUUGUCUCUUCUUUUCCACCUCUUGGAUGAGUGGCUGUAUAAAUUCAGUGCUAAUGAGUUCUUUAUACCCAGGGAGGUGAAAGUGCUUCACAUUGAUCGAAUGCAAUUCAAAAUAAGAUCAAUUGGGUGGGGAGAAGAGUUUUCUUUACCCAAACACCCUCAGGGCACAGAGGUAAAAGCCAUAACUUACUCAGCAAUGCAGAUCUGUGAGGAUGAGAAGCCAGAAGUCUUUGUCAUCAUUGAUAUUUAAAGCAAGAAAAGUGUGGAUCCCAGUGGAUACUUUGUCACCAGCUGGCAAAAGUCCCUUGAAAACUGUAAUUCCUGAGGAAGUAACUAAAGAAUUGGCAGAUUCAUGUCAUAAAUUGAAGGAAUAACUGGGGGGAAUGUCAGCUUGUGUUUCGACUUCAGGAUGGAGACAGAGAAAUACCUGCAUGCCAGGAAAAAAUGAACUGGUUGGGUUUUAUGUGGUGUUGAGAAGAGUUGUAAGGGUUGAAAUUCUCUCAGGAAUGGCAGUAGGCAGCUGUUGAGGGCUGAUGGGAACUAAACAGAGAAAUUAGUGGGGCUGCUAUUUAAAAUACUAUCUUUUGGUGGGGUGUCAGGAGAUGAUCUUCAUCUACAUGGUUUUAUUUGAAGUGUUCUGAGGUGACAUCCCUCCUCCAUAUUAUAGAAAAGGUCCAAAAUAUCUGCAGUGCAUCGGAUUUAAUGUACACCUAAGAAGGUACACCAACUCAAAACCCAAACCACCACACUUUCUAGACUAUUUUUUAUAAGAAGUCAUGCCAGCAGGUGGUGCUGAAUGGCUGUAAAUAAAUUUCCAUGUGAAAUCCUAAAGCAUGUGACCCUGGAAUCCUAGUAGCUCCUAUUAUCACUCUGAAAAGUAGGUGACCAAGGGAUGCUUGGGUCUCUGAGUGGGUUCACUCCCAUCUCUUGUGAAAGCUUAUUCUCUUCUUUUAAAAAGCAGAUGACUGCUCUCUGCUGCCAUUUGCUCCUUUAAAAAGGACAAUACAGACACUCCUUUCAUGGCAAAGAAAUAGGGAACUUCAGCUCACUGAAUAGAAAUUAAUCAAAAGUAAUUAAGUGUGUUUUUAUUUAAAUUGCAGGACAGCCAGUGUGCAUUACUUGAUAUUUAAGUGUGAGAGGAGCAAAGGGAAGGCCCUCCUGGCCUGACCUGCCUAGUUUUUUUUUACUGUCAAUGCUACAAGUGCCUCAUCUCUGGAGGCAGGGCCUCAUCUUGUAAAGUCAUCUUAAAAAACUACAUUUUUAUGUCCCUAUUGUGAAGAUUCAGGGGUUAAAUCCCUUUUAUUUUCUGAGAAAGCUGCGAUGCUAAAAUAAAACUUGGACUGAAAGACUGAA